AUGCUGGGUUACGCCAACGAGGUGGGCGAGUCGUUCCGUGCACUGGUGCCGGUGCCGGUGGUGUGGGCCAGCUACGGCGUGGCCACCGCCUACGUGACCGCCGACGCCAUCGACAAGGGCCGGAGAGCGGCCACCGCCCACACACAGGACCCCACGCGGGUGGGGGUGGCCGUGGUGGACACCUUCGUGUGGCAGGGCCUGGCCUCGGUGGCCAUCCCCGGCUUCACCAUCAACCGGCUCUGCGCUGCCUCACUGGCCCUGCUGGGGACCCUGACCCGCUGGCCCCUGCCCCUGCGCCGCUGGACCACCACCGCCCUGGGGCUGGCGGCCAUCCCCCUCAUCAUCACCCCCAUCGACAGGACUGUGGAUUUCCUGAUGGAUUCCAGCCUCCGCAAGCUCUACGGGACACCAGGAGAGCCCCCGACACCCCACUGA